GGUGUCCCGCCACCCCUAUGCCUUUUUUAGGCCUUCCUACUACAGGCAUGCUGGGAACGUCACAUGCAAAUAAGGCGGGAACCAGUGCUCCGCCCUCAACCUUUGGGCCGUCACCAACCCAGCCCAGUGCGCAGGCGCGGGAAAGUUCAACUGAGAAAGGAAAGUUUAUACAAAUCCAGAGGAGAAGGAGGCGGCAGCGGCGACUGGGACCAGCUCCCUUUCUCACAGGUGGCCCCAUGGCAGGCUCGGAAGAGCUGGGGCUCCGGGAGGACACGCUGAGGGUCCUAGCUGCCUUCCUUAGGCGGGGUGAGGCUGCUGGGUCUCCCAUUCCGACACCACCCAGUAGGCCCUCAGUGGGAGGACAAAGGGGGACUGCUUGCAAAGGGCCUCUGUCUUCACUCUCUGAGGUCCCCUUCCCCAGGAGCCCUACCCAGGAGGAGCCAACAGAUUUCCUGAGCCGCCUUCGAAGAUGUCUUCCCUGCUCCCUGGGGCGUGGAGCAGUUCCCCCUGAGUCCCCUCGGCCCUGCUCCCUGCCCCUCCGGCCCUGCUAUGGUUCAGAGCCUGGUCCAACUACUCCAGACUUCUAUGCCCUCGUGGCCCAGCGACUGGAACAGCUGGUCCAAGAGCAACUGAAAUCCCCACCUAGCCCGGAAUUACAGGGUCCACCACCCACAGAGAAGGAAGCCCUGCUGCGGAAGCUGGUGGCCUUGCUGGAGGAGGAGGCAGAAGUCAUCAACCAGAAGCUGGCCUCUGACCCGGCCCUGCGGCGCAAGCUGGCCCGCCUCUCCGCCGGCUCCUUCAGCCGCCUAGUGGAGCUCUUCUCUAGCCGUGAGGCCAGCCCUCGCCCAAGCCAAGCACGCCCCUCGUUGCCGUGCCCCGGGCCCCCGCCGCCUUCCCCGGAGCCCCUGGCCCGCCUGGCCUUGGCCAUGGAGCUGAGCCGGCGCGUGGCCGGGCUGGGGGGCACCCUGACCGGACUCAGUGUAGAGCACGUGCACAGCUUCGCGCCCUGGAUCCAGGCCCACGGGGGCUGGGAGGGCAUCCUGGCAGCAUCACCUGUGGACUUGAACUUACCCUUGGACUGAGCUCCUCCUCCAAAGCUGCUCCAGGAUCGGACCUCAUGUCCCUGCACUCUGUGUGUGCUUUUCCAAACUUUCCUAAUCCACUCAGGGCUCUGGGGUGGUGGCUACCCUCCCCGUUUUUGCCAAAAGAAAAUCAUUUACAGUGUUUUCAUAUUAAAAACGUUUUCAAGUAUUUAAUUGUUGGUCCUUUCACUCAAGAACUAAAGUUCUAAGUAAAGGAGAUUUGGUUCAAAGCGCUGUCUGGUUUAUAAAUUAAGGACAGAGCCAAUUCAUUCAUUCUAGAAAUAUCUAUUCAGACUACCUACAAGUACCUGUCACCUGAACAUACAGCCUAUUUGAGGAUGUCUGUAAAUAUGAUUCCAGCUAAUUACGUUUCCCCCCUAUUGCAUGAUUUCUUUUUUUUUCUUAAUGCUGGGGAGGUAAUUUUAGGUUUAUUUAUUUGUUUAUUUUUUUAAACAGAGGUAUUGGCAAUUGAACCCAAGACCUUGUGCAUGCUAGGCAUGCACUCCACCACUGAGCUAUACCUCCCCCACUGCAUGAUUUAUUUAUUCCAGCUAAUCCUGUAUUGAUGGUCAUGGAGUCUUUCCAGCUAUUUUCAGAAGAAAGCUAUAUGAUCUUCCUUCAUGGGGCAUCCAGAACACCACUCUCUUCUCCUUUUUUCCCCCAACUGCUCCUCUGAGCCCCCUCCCUUUUUUUUUCCCUUGCUGAUUUCUCCUCUGCUAUCUGUUGGCCAGAGACUUGUCACAUUUUUGGGGCUCUAAUCCCCUUUGCAGAGUUACAUUUGUAAGUGCAUGAAAUGAACUGUACAGGAUUACAAAGGAAGUCAAGCACAGUCGAGCCUCAUUGUUUGCGGAUUCUGUAUUUUUGAGUUCGCCUACUUACUAAAAUGUCUUUGUUGCCUUCCAGUUAAUAGCCGCCUUCCCAGGUUUGGGAGGCUUGCGCAUGCUCAGAGCAGCCAAGGAACUGACUCGCCUAAUGUGCACGUUUCAGCUCAGGUUAGACAAGGUGACGCUGCCUUCUUUUUUCAGCUCUCACGCUGUUCUUCCCGCAACCUGCUUAGUGCCACAUUUUCCACAUUCCUAUGCUUUUUAGGGUGAUUUCGCUGUUUUAAAAGGCCCCAAAGCAUAGCACUGAAGUGCUGGCUAGCAUUCCUAGGUGCAAGAAGGCUGUGAUUGGCCCCUGUUAGGUCAGCUUUGUUGCAGGUAAUAUUUGUUAGAGUGAUGUUGGCUGCGAGAUCAAGGUGAAUAAAUCAACUGUAUACUACCUAGUGUGUCUCUAAACAGAAAACACACAUAGAGCGAGAUAUUUCCAUGGGUUGACAAAAGUGUGACAAGAAGCCCAUGAGAACCUCACCUUGUAUCUCUGCAGGGAACAAUGGCUCAGUGUUCACCAAUUCAGUGUUUGCAGUGACUUUGUAGAACCUAGCUGUCACAAAUAACAAGACUUGAGUGUCAGUGGAAAUACAGUCUGCGGUGUUCAUAUAAAAAUUAGUGGGAUAUUGCGGCCAUUAUGGAAAACAAUAUGGAGAUUCCAAUAGGUAGACUUACCAUAUGAUCCAGCAAUCCCACUCC